AUGGUAAGAACACGAAAUCAAAGGAUGGGAAAGUUACCACGAAAAGGAACGACUAAGGGUACCUCAAACUACACCGGCACCGGAGAGUCCUCAAACCCGGUAUGUGUCGAAGAAGAAAGCCCCAAUGUUGCAACGAAUCCUGUUCCGAUAGCCAGAGUACCGUUCGGUGAACCCCAAGAACAGAGCAACCCACCAGGUAACCCAAAUCUCUCUCUAACAGAUCGUGAAGAAAUCCCCAUGCCCAUGCCCAUUGCGGCUGAUUUCGGGGAUAAUAGGAUUGUUGAUCCAAAUGAUUUAGUGGUACAACUCCGGUUUGCCAUAAAUCAAGGCUGGGAACCUGAUCUGGGCUCCUAUGAUAGCUCCGUAGACGAAGAAAAUCCAAGGGGGACUGAUAAUGAGGGACAAGAAGACCCUCAAAAUCAUGAGGUGAAUCGUCCCCCCAGUCCUACAAAUGAUGAACAAACCCCAAUCGAAGAAACCCCAAUUUCAAUUCCUCGGGUCAACAGAAACCCUAGAAAGAGGAAGAUGACUGACCCGUAUGAAGGGGCUGAUCCCAGGGCCAAAAGGCCAAAUGAUUUUCCAAUAGGGGCAGGACCCCCUCAACGAAAACCAAAUAUCCCACCUAAACCCUCAAAAACCAAGAAAUCAAAAAGGACACAAACAGAGGAUGAACAAGACUGGACACCUAAUGCAGAGAAUGAUACUCAUAGUGAUGAAAGAGUAAGAACCCGAGCCCAAAAGAAGUCCCAGCUAACUACCAAGGAGAAAGAAAAGCAAAAGAAGGAACCAACCACCAAAAGGUAUAAACUGUCCAGCAAGGAAAAGGGAAAACAGAAAGUAGGUAUUAGUGCUGACAUGGCAUACCUACCAAAACCCCACAGUACAACAUUUCUGAGAAAAGAAGCAGUAAGCCUAUGGAAAAGAAUAGUAGAAAGGAAAAUCAUCAGCCAAAAACUGCUUCCCAUAGAUAAGAUAGACAAUCCAGAACAGAUCCAAGAAAUACUAAUCACAAACCAACUCCUGGGAACAGUGACCAAUAUUGAACCUUAUGAUGAACAAGUUAUACAGGAGUUCUACUGCAAUAUGACAAAAACCAUCACCACACCUAGCAGUCCUCUGUAUGGAAAGGUAUAUGUAAGAGGCAAUUUCUAUGACUUCACACCAGACAUCAUCAACAGAUACCUUGGAACAUCUGAGAUUGAACAAGAGAUUGAACUAAACAGUGAACAAGUAGCCAAGGAACUCACAGCAGGAAAUGUUAGCUUUGAAAAGAACAAAAUCAAAGCAGCUUCUCUGACCAGCAAGUAUGCAAUCCUACAGAAGAUAGCCCUUGCAAACUGGAUGCCCUCUCUCCAUGAAUCCACAGUGAAAUGGACCUUAGCAGAACUAUUAUACAAAAUAGGAAAAGGAGUAAAAAUCAACAUGGGUUCCAUCAUUCAUACACAAGUCACAAAUUUAGCAGAAGACACCAAAUCCAACACUUCCCUAGUCUUUCCAAACCUCAUUUCUUCAAUCCUGGCAAAACAAGGCCUCAAGACUCAAGGACCCAUGACCACUGUCAAGAACUUCAACACAACUGUUAAACUAAGAAAGGGAAACCACCAAAAUGAUCUUAAAUCCACAGCCCCAAAGAAUAACCCACUUGACUCAAAGACACUGAUCACUUACUUUGAAGGCAGACUGACAGAAUUAGAAGCCUCAGAAAAACAUCUUCUAAGAAAACACAUGAACAUCAAGGAAGAAAAAGCUGAAAUAAUAGAAUGGCUGGCAGUACUAAAGGAAGAAAUUGAAGAAAACCAAGAGCAAGGAACAGGAGAAGAUAUCCAAGAUCACUCUCAAGAACCAGAAAAUGAAGAUAAUCAAGAUCAAGGAUCAGAAGAAGACAACCAAGAAAGAGAUGCUGAAACACCUGUUUCAACACCAGAACCAGACAACUAG